AUGCCUCCACGACUCUCUACUCACAACCUUCUCUCUCUUUACUCCAUCAAUGGCGCCCGUGCAUCUCAGGUAGCACGCGCCCGCUCUUUCUCCACCCGCGUCCAGUCGCCUCCGUCGUGUCUUGGGAAACGGAAGACGUGUUCGUUCAGCAGGGGGGGUCCUUCGGUAUGUUUGAUUCGUGUGAGGACAUUCCACGCAUCUUCGGUGCGGGCAGCUACUCCUAAAGACCCGUACCAGGUGCUGGGUGUGAACAAGGGCGCGAGCGCGGCAGAAAUUAAGAAGACCUACUUUGCGCUCGCUCGCAAGUACCACCCCGACACGAACCCAAGCAAGGACGCGCAAGAUAAGUUCGUGGAGAUCCAGUCUGCUUAUGACAUCCUUAAAGACGACAAGAAACGAGCCGAGUACGACAAGUACGGCGCCACGUCCCAGCAGCCCGGCUUCGACGCGAAUGCCUACGAGAACGCACGUUCGUUCGGCGGCGGCUUUGGUUUCGGCGGUGGCUUCCAGGACUUCUCGGGGGCGUUCGGCGGGCGGGCGGGCAGACGCUCCGGCAACGACCUCUUCGACUCGCUCUUUGGUGCGUUUGCCAACGCGCAGGGCGGCGGCGGUCAGGGCUUCGUCCGUGGCAGCGACAUCGAGACCACUGUCGGAGUCAGCUUCAUGGAGGCUUGCAAGGGCACGACGCGCACGCUCAACGUCACCCCCAUCGUCAACUGCGAGCCCUGCCAAGGCUCUGGGCUCAAGCCGGGCGCGUCGCGCUCGAAGUGCGGAGACUGCCACGGCUCCGGCGUGCGCGAGUUCGUGGUCAGCAGCGGCUUCCGGAUGCAGAGCGCAUGUCCGUCGUGCCAGGGCACAGGCGCUGUGGUCCCUCCGGGGAGCAGCUGCAGCAGCUGCGGGAGCGUAGGUCAGGUCCGGGUUAAGAAAACGGUGGAAGUGGACGUCCCUGCGGGUGUGGAAGACGGUAUGUCCGUCAAAGUCCCUGGCGGCGGCGACGCACCGUUGGGCGGCGUUGGCCGUUCAGGCGAUCUCAUCGUCCGUAUCAACGUCGCAUCGUCGAAGACCUUCAGACGCCAAGGAGCCAAUCUGUACCAUGACGUGAAGAUCCCUGUGCACACCGCGUUCCUGGGAGGCCGGGUCCGCGUGCCGACACUCGACGGGGAGGUAGACGUUCGCAUCCCCGCGGGAACGCAACCUGGCGAACAGAUGGUGCUCAAAGGUCACGGUAUCGCAUCGGUCGUGCGGAAGAGCAAGGGCGAUAUGUUCGUGACGUUUGCGGUUCAGAUCCCAAGAACACUCACGGCGCGGCAGCGUGAGAUCCUUGAGCAAUACGCCGAUGACGUGGAGGGUCGGGUACCGUCUAAACCUUCACGUCAAGAACCACGUCAAGAGCCCCUGCGAAGUACGUCUACCGAUGGAGCGAAACCAGACCACCGGGCCUCGACCGACUCGGAGACUCCUGCAAACGGUACGGAUACUUCUUCCUCUACACACCCCGGCGGCUGGCUAUCUCGUGCAUUGGAUGGACUGAGAAGGCUCAUCGGCUCUUGA